AUGUCUUUCUCUAGCCUGGUUCAGGACAUUGCGUUCCGCGAUCCCAGACAGCGCGACGACCAGUCCACAGUCUCGCGCCCUUCGCAAGCCCGUUCCUACAACUCGACAGCUGCUACUAGCGUAAGCAUUGCGGGCGAUAUCUCUUCACAGCUACACUCCGGAUAUAGCCAUCCUCUGUCUCGGGCAUGGCAAGCAGAGAGGCAACUGACGAAGUCGAUGCUCAUCUACCCGCUGUUCAUUACCGAUGACCCUGAUGAAGUCACAGCGAUUCCUUCACUUCCGAACCAGCAUCGUCGAGGCGUGAAUCAGCUAGUACCGUUCCUCACGCCUCUCGUCCGCAAAGGUCUCAAAUCGGUCAUUCUGUUCGGUGUGCCACUCGCAGCCAACGCAAAAGAUGCUCUAGGCACUUCCGCCGACGACCCAGAAGGACCUGUGAUCAAGGGCAUACAGAUCAUCAAGCAGCAUUUCCCUCAGCUUUUCAUUGUCUGCGAUGUCUGCUUGUGCGAGUAUACCUCUCACGGUCAUUGUGGUAUUCUACGAGAAGACGGAUCGCUUAACAAUGCCAUGUCCGUUGAGAGGAUAUCAGACGUGGCAAUGGCAUAUGCUGCAGCUGGUGCCCACUGUGUGGCUCCUUCAGAUAUGAAUGACGGCCGUAUCCGAGCCAUCAAGCUGAAACUGAUUGAGUCGGGCCUGUCCCAUCAAGUCAACCUCAUGUCUUACGCGGCCAAAUUUUCCGGCUGCCUCUACGGGCCAUUCCGGGAUGCGGCGGGUUCAUGCCCUUCUUUUGGCGAUCGCAAGUGUUAUCAACUCCCUCCUGGUGGACGAGGUCUCGCUCGCCGGGCUAUUGUCAGAGAUGUCAGCGAAGGUGCAGAUAUCAUCUUGGUCAAGCCGGCGUCGCAAUAUUUGGACAUCAUAUCUGAUGCGAAGGAGCUGGCCAAGGAUCUACCCAUCGCUGCCUACCAGGUCAGCGGUGAGUUUGCCAUGAUCCACGCGGGAGCGAAGGCUGGUGUUUUCGACCUCAAAACUAUGGCAUUCGAGUCCACAGAGGGGAUUUUGAGAGCAGGAGCGGGCAUCGUCAUCACAUAUUUCACCCCUGAUUUUCUUGACUGGUUAUCGAGCUGA